AUGUCGAAAAUUACAAGAAAGCGAAAAACCGAGCCAGCUCCAGCGGAAGACGUCGAAAUUAUGGCCCCCAAAAACAAAUUCCGCGCAUACGAUGCAGCAAUGCAAGCAGAAGAAGCGAAACUAAGCGAGAUUCUUUUUGGCGGCACAUCUACCUUCCUGGAAAGCCUACAGGAAGCUGCGAAAGAAACAAAGACCACAACAACUGCAAUAGACUCCGGUGUAGGCGAGACAGACAGUGACGACAGCGACAAAUGCCGCAAACCAGCCUGGGUUGAUGAAGAUGAUGAUGGAAUUGAUGUUGGUAAUGCCUUGGAAGCACAAGGCAGAAGACUUCCCAAUGGUGGCAUCAACGCCAGAAGUAACCAGUACACAGAGCUACUAAAACAAAAGUUCACAUCCAUUGUGGGCACUCCCAAAUGGGCAGAUCUAAAUGCCAAACAUCAAGAAGAUGAAGAUUCUGAUGAAGAAGUCUUAAAAACAGCUGGAGUUGUUAAAUCAAGCAAAUCAACUUCUACCACACUCAAAUCUGGUACAAUUGAAGUGAAAAAGGUAAACAACUUGAACCAGGAGGCAUAUUCAGAAGGCCCUAUGAUUAACUCCAUUGAAUUCCAUCCCACAUCAAGUGUGAGUCUAGUUGCAGGCCAGUCAGGAGUAGCAACCAUCUAUGCAGUUGAUGGCAAGAGGAAUAACAAACUGCAUUCACUACAGUUUAAAAACUUCCCGAUAUUAUGUGCCAAGUUUAGCAGAGAUGGCAAUGAAGCAUUCCUGGGUUCCAGGCAAUCUCACAUGUUCUGCUAUGAUUUAAUGGCAGCCAAAGCAAUCAAAAUCCCUCUGCCAACUGGUUUAACUCAAAUGAAAAAGUUUAUCAUGUCUCCAGAUGGCAAGUGGAUAACAGUCGCCGGCAAAUGGGGAGAGGUGCAUGUAUUGUCAGCGUUAACAAAAGAGAAUUUGUUUAUGUUUAAACAAGAUGACGACUGCACAGCGCUAUGUUACAAUCACGACGGGUCACUUUUAUACGGACACAGCGAUACUGGAGUUGUUACUGUUUGGGAUGUUAAUACCAGAAGGAUGAUGCACAAGUUUGAGGAUGAGGGGUGUCUCCAGGGAACUAGUCUGCACCUCUCUCCAUCAAAUCAAUUCCUCGCUACCGGAUCUUCCCAGGGUGUGGUCAACGUAUACGACACAGAUCUUACCUUAAAACAGAAGACGCCUACGCCCCGGAAGAGUAUCAUGAACUUAACGACUCCCAUCCGUGAUGUCAAAUUCAACUCCACAUCGGAAUGCUUGGCGUUUUUCUCGUCCGAAGUCGAAAAUGCAAUGCGCUUGUUCCAUUUACGAUCACAAACCGUGUUUAGUAACUUCCCGAAUUUCCAAACAAAGCUGGGCAACGUUAAUGUUGUCAAUUAUUCGCCGAUGAGCGGGUAUCUUGCGAUUGGCAACACGAGAUCCACUGUCACUCUCUUCCGCUUGAAGCAUUUCAGCAGUUAUUAAAUACAAAUAAACGAUUACUUGUUUAAAAAA